CUGCUGGUGGCGGGGCUGGGGAAGGGCCAGGCCCAGCGCCGGCAGCCAGGAGAGGGGGAGGCGGCAGCAAAGGCGAGCGCGGCGUGGGCCUUCCUCUCUCUCCCUCUCUCUCUCUCUCUGCUCUGGAGCCAGGCAAGGCUCUCUCUCUCGUUCGCUCGCUCGCUCGGGCAGCAACAAGUGCGGAGGCAGGCGAGCCGCGGGCUGACGUCAGCGAGCGGAGUAUUAUGGUCUGGGCUGGGCUGGCUCCUGCCGCCGAAGCCUCCGCCGCCGCCGUUGCUUCCCUGCUGCCCGCGGCCGAGUAAACAUGGAGCUCUCCGCCGUGGGCGAGCGGGUCUUCGCGGCCGAGGCCUUGCUCAAGAGGCGCAUCCGCAAAGGCCGGAUGGAAUAUCUGGUGAAAUGGAAAGGCUGGUCUCAGAAAUACAGCACUUGGGAGCCAGAAGAAAACAUCCUAGAUGCUCGCUUGCUGGCGGCUUUUGAGGAAAGGUACUCUGAUUGGGAAAGAGAAAUGGAACUCUAUGGUCCGAAGAAGAGAGGCCCCAAACCCAAAACCUUCCUGUUAAAGUUCCUUCCUGUUUUGCAGGCCCAGGCCAAAGCCAAAGCCAAAACCUAUGAAUUCCGCAGUGACUCUUCCCGGGGGAUCCGGAUGCCCUACUCUGGCCGCUCUCCCCAAGACCUGGCCUCCACCUCCAGAGCUCGAGAAGGGCUGAGGCAAAUCCCACUGCCCCACCAGAGCAGCUCCUCCAGUGCCCCCACUAGUCCCACCACCCGGGUGGAGACGAUCCAGGAGAACCGGGUGGUAUCAGAAGAAGACAGAUCCGAAAGCGCCUUCAAAAAGAGGGGCCCAAAGCCCAGGAAAGAGUUCUACAAAGACCUCCCUGAAAGUGUUGAUCCCACUUCCAAAAGAAAGUCAUUGGAAGCAGGAGACAAGGUGGUGGUAGACUACCUGAAAGCCAGAAAGUUGGAAGAGGCAGCUCACCCUUCUGCAGCCAAGUUCUCCGGACACAGUGUGAUCCAGUUGGCCCGGAGGCGUGAGCCAGAAUUGCCCAGCGCUGGGUCCAGCACCAGGGCAGAAGCUGGCAUGAAACUGGGUGCACCUGAGACUUAUCCUCCCCGGCUGACCAAGCACAGAGCAGAUUUCCUGGAUCAGAAAGGGCAGAGUGGUUUAGACUUGGGUGCCCCUAAGAUUUUGCACAGCUCUGCAAAUCAAAGCAGCUUAUAUGGAGAUGGCAUAGGGACCCAGGCUGGUAGGCCUUCCCUCAUUGCCCGCAUCCCAGUCUCCAGGAUUCUUGGUGAUCCAGAAGAAGAAGCUUGGAGCCCAUCUCUUAACAACCUGGAGAAGGUGGUAGUGACUGAUGUGACCUCAAAUUUCUUGACAGUUACCAUUAAGGAGAGUAGCACAGACCAAGGGUUCUUUAAGGAAAAGCGAUGAAUUCCCUUAGGGAGGGAGCAGGAGGCAUUGAAUGGGUUUGGGUGGAAGUCCUCUGGCUUUGGAUAUGUGUUUUCUUUGGACAUGAUUGCAAAAUCUGUCCUUAAUUCAUUAUUUUAUUGCCUUCCCUUCCCUGCCACCAGUUUCAGUUUCCUUUGAAAGAUUAUCUCUAGAGUUAUAUUUUCUAUUAGGUGUAAAUAUGUUAUUUAAAGAGAAAUACAUAUAUAUAUAUAUAUCUAUAUGCAUAUAUAUAUUUCAGCUCUAAGUUUUUGUUUUUAUUUAAAGCUCUUGGAGGUGGACAGUAAGCAGAGAACUAAUAUUUCUCUUGCCACGGUUGCAAGAGCAGGGAUCUUAUUAAGUAAUUAUAACACCCUUUUUUUUACAGUUUUGUUUCAGUUGCUCCCCCCCUCCCCCCAAGGUGAUGCUGAGGGCAAGUAGGGGUUCUUAUAUUCAUCUGGGGCCAAAAAGGGGGCUCCCAAUUUUGGAUUGUUAUAUUAUAAUGUGUUGCUUUGUACAAUCAAGUGUGCUGUAUACACAACUGUUCGAGCUGGACAGCUGAAGGAAGCACUUGACUUUCCAGUAUUGUCUUGCCUUUGUUUUGAUCCAGUUUAAGAAAUGUUGGUUUAAAGUGUACAUUAAAACAAGUUGGGAGAUGAUUUAGCAAAGAA